AUGUCGUGUGCAUCAGAUAGCCAGAACCAAACCAUGAGCUUCGAGAAUGACUCACCAAUAAAUUCCUACUCUUCUUCAUGUGUUUCGAUUUCACUUCCCCCGAGCCUUAGAAAAACCUCCAAAGCCCCUAUCCAAAUCAAACUCAUGCACGGCAGAGCCACUUCCUCUUCCCAGCGGCUGUCUAGGUCGAAACCUACCACAACACCCACAAAACCCCCUUCUAAUACCACCAAAGCCAUUGUAACCCUUCCUUCCAAAACUGCUCAACCAAAACCCAAAACUACCCCUAAGCCAAAGGGCAAAAUCCCUGCAAAGACGAGGCAGCGUCCAUCAUCUACGGCUGCCAAGCCCUACACCCAACCUGCCCCACCACCAUUCAUUCCUAACAUAACCCCAAUGGGUGCAAUGCAUGACCCACUUCCAGCCUACCUUCACAAUGCACCGUCACCAGCCAUGCGUCCACUGCCUCUACUUUCAAUCCAGUCCUUAGCCACUAUCUAUCCAAUCAAAUCAGAUGCGUCAAGCCAACCACCGCGUUCACCCAUAAUUAUAUCCUCCCCUGGGUUUCCUUAUACUCCAUCAGGCACCCCUCCAUUUACUCUACCCAGACCCCCCUCUAACAGUCCUACGUUAGAGUGCAACCCGAAAGAGUUGGCGGAAUUGGCUCGAUUGGACGAGUAG